GUUUUUGUUCUUUGUCAAUUUUUGAUUUUGAUUGCAAAAAUAGGAAGUGGCUGCCUCGUUUCUUUUUUAUUUUUAUUCACAUUUUUAUUGCUGUCGGGCAACGAAACUGAGACGAUUCUUAUUAAUUUGUUAUCUCUAACCAAGAUACACUAAUUCAUUCAAAGUAAUAUCUACAUUAGUUUACAAGUAAAAUCUUGUUAUUCAACUAUUGUUUAGAUACCUACAUCUAGUCUCUAGGGCUUAAAUUUGAGUAUUGGGGAAGCUGUAUUUGUGCAUAUCUUUAAAUAUAUGUGUAAAAUCCUGAAAAUAUGACUGUCGGUGGAGAAUCUUCAACAUCUUUAAGCAAAAAGAAGCAAUCAAGUUAUCCUCCACAAGGGGUAAGAUGUCAGAAAUGUCUGGAAUAUGGACACUGGUCAUACGAGUGUAAAGGUAAAAGAAAAUACUUGCACAGAUCAUCAAGAAGUCACAUCUUAAAAAAACGCAUAAAGGCUAAAGAGGAAGAGGAGAAGCUAGGAUCACAAAAUCUAAAUAUUACCAAGCAGAAAAUCAAGAAGAAACUAAACAAAAACGAUGAAAGUGAUAGCUCUUCUGUUUCAAGUUCCAGUAGCUCUUCUUCUUCAGAUAGUAGUAGUUCCAGUGAAAGUGACAGUGAUUCCUCAACUACUUAAGAUGGUUACAGAAAUACAUUUUUAAAAUUAAAAUAAAAAUGGAUUAAACGUUUUAACAAAUAUAUUGAAUUUAUAUAUA